ACGACUUUACUCUUCACAUCUCUACCACCGCAAAUCAUGAAGACAUCUCUGGUCCUCCUUGCCCUCUGUCUGCUGGCUUGUUCAGUUUGGGAGAUCCAUGGGCAAUGCCAAGAGGUUGACCCUGAUGACCAGGAAGUAGUGGAAGCACAGCCGGAAAAGCACAUGGAGCAACAGCUAAAGGGAACCUGCUGGGUGUGUAAGUGGGCACUGAACAAAGUGAAGGAAUCCAUCCCCACUUCCUCUAGCCCGGAGGAGCUAAAGCAGACACUAUUGUCCGUUUGCGAUAAUGUUGGCUUCCUAAAAUCUUUGUGUAAAGUCCUGGUGAAAAAACACUUGUGGGUGCUGAUUGAGGAGCUUAGCACAAGCGAUGACGUGAGGACCAUCUGCGUUAACAUUAAGGCCUGCAAGUGA